AUGUGGCUCCAGGUUGCCUUGUGUCUGUCCUGCCUGGUUCUGAGCUCCCAGAGCCAGGACAGAGCCUCCCUGAGACGCUCCAAUGACCACAUCGGGUGCUGUCAGUACACCUUCACCGUGGACAACCCUGCCGAGGCGAGCUGCCCCGGGGCCAGCGGAGGACCAGAUAUGGAGGGGGUGAAAUCUCGUCUCACCCUGCUGGAGGCCCUGGUCAGCAGGCUGCUGGGGGGCAAGGGAGCAGGGGGAGAGGGUCCGGGGGCUGGGGGAGACAAGACCAUCCAGGAAGCAUACUCCCAGGCCAUGAGAGAUAAGAGCCAGCUGCAGGGGGACAAGGAGCAGCUGAACAGGCAGGUGCAGGGGCUCCAGAGGAGGGUGGACGAACUGAGUGCGGAGGCUGAGACACUGCGACAGAGACCCUGCCACAAGCACCAAGCCACUGGAGCAGGACUCCCACUUCACAAGCUCAACCAGAGACCAGCCAGCGACUCUCUCUAUCAGGAGAUGAAGGCAGAGGUGACUGAGGUCCCAGCAUCACGUCUCAUUCAAGACGCUGGGCAGAACCACACAGGCUGUGGUGAGCUGGUGUCUGUGGGAGAGCCCGUCCUGCACCGAAAGGCUGACAGCAUCACAGGGAAGUACGGGGUGUGGCUGCAGGACCCUGAGCCCAUGGCCUCUCCAUACGGAAACAAGACGGUGUGGCGCAUCGACACAGUGGGCACGGACGUCCGCCAGCUUUUCGCCUAUGAGGACAUGGAGCAGUUUGCCAAGGGCUUCCCCAUGAAGGUUAUGGUGCUGCCAGAGCCCGUGGAGAGCACAGGGGCCACCCUGUACCGCGGCUCCCUCUACUACCAGCGCCGACGCAGCCGCACCCUGCUCCGCUACGACCUUGCCUACGAGAGCCUGGCGGCACGCCUGGACCUCCCCCACGCUGGCUUCCACGGCCAGCACCCCUACUCCUGGGGCGGCUACACAGACAUUGACCUGGCGGUGGACGAGCAGGGCCUGUGGGCCAUCUACAGCACCAGCAAGGCCAAGGGAGCCAUCGUGGUGUCCCAGCUGGACUCUGAGAGCCUGGAGGUGAAGAGGAGCUGGGAGACCAACAUCAGGAAGAACACAGUGGCUAACUCCUUCAUGAUCUGCGGUCGGCUCUACACGGUGGCCAGCUACACCGCCCCAGACACCACCGUCAACCACGUGUUCGACACGGCCACCGGCCAGGGCCGAGGCAUGGCGGUGCCCUUUAAGAACCACUACCGCUACAACAGCAUGGUGGACUACAACCACGCCCAGAGGAAGCUCUACGCCUGGGACAACUUCCACAUGAUCACCUACAAUGUCAGCUUGGGGAGACCCAGCAGAAGCAGCCAAUAA